AUGGAUACGACUUUCACAGACCAUGCAAUAACUAGUCUAGCACCGACCGUUGUCUCUGGCGAAUUAAGUAAUCCUGCUACUGCAUCUUCAUCAAAUCCUUCCGCCAAUCCAACUCUCCUUCCAUCGCCUCCUACGCCGUUUUCUUUACCUCAUGAUGUCGACGACUCUUUCCUUCUAGUGUCUCUACGGCAAGCACGCCCUCCCCGACGUCCAAAAUAUCUUCCCGUCCUUUUUAUUCUCGCCUUUAUGGACUUUGCUUUUAUAUUAGCGAGUGCGAUAUUGCUGUUAAGUAAACAAAAAAAUGAUGGUCCGAACAAGACGUGGCGAGUAGGCGUGUGGGAUUUGGUCGCGCUUGGAAUGGUGAGAGUAAUUGCCCUUGUCACUGUGGCAUCGUCGGUAUGGGUGAGAGACUAUGGAUGGAUUGUUGGAGGCACUUGUGGGAUAUCCACAAUGUAUGUAAUAUUCAAAUCCAACCUCGUAUUACAAUUAAAAAUACCAACUAACAAACACCACAUCAUGCUCUUCGUCACAACGUCCAUAUUCUCUCUACUAAAUUGGAUUGCCUAUGCCAUUGUCACAGCAGACAAAAAACGCCGUGCACGAUUGCUCAAGGGUAAAACUAUAUUCUUUGAAGAAGAAGGAGGCGCAAAUGAGAUUAUCCAUGAUGCGACAGACGGCAAUAAUGAACAGAGUGGAUUGCUUACAGAUGACAUUUAUAAUGACGGUACUAAUGACGAAUUAACUCGCGGAUAUGGAACAAUAAAUACAACAGGGACAGAAGGCGAUGUGUUUAACGAUAAUGGCGGUGGAGUGGCAACUGCAUCUAAAACAGAGUACAUUAAUGUCGGGCGUACUCGCCCUACAACCUCGUUUUCUACAGCAUCUGUGCCGAUCCCCAUUGCCAGCUCGGUGAGCUCAGACGGAAGUGCGCGGUCUUUUCGAAAGUAUAAGAAGAAGGGACGAUUAAAUAUGACGGACGACGUCCCAUUGCAUAGACGUAAAAGUCAUGAUAUUACCGAGGAGCGCGAGGAUGGGAAUGAUAACACACAUGAUGACGAAGAUAACCUUCUUCAAUGUUUUGACGACACUGAUGCCGGUUUAAUAUUCACUUCUGCUGGACGUGGUGGAAGUGUCAAGGAUCGUGACGCGGUUUACUUUCAACCUCCACGUGAGGAUGUCCUAUCGCUUGCAGCCGAAGAAGCAGAAUAUAUUUCGUCUGACGAUUGCGACGACAGUACUGCUCCGGGAACACCAUACCAUGUAGAGUAUGCAGUUGGAAUGACUGGUUAUAGAGGAAACGCACUUGUCGAUGUUUAUUCACUGGAUCCUGGAAGGAGAUUUUAUGUUGAGAGUAUUAAAACGAAUAACUUUGAUGAGCUAUAA